AUGGAGUCAAAUCUCUUGGACAGCCUCCUUGACCUGGAGGAGCAAUUCUACAAUGAGGGCUACGAAUUGGGUGUAGCCGAUGGAGCCGAAGCCGGCUACACAGAAGGUAGCGUGUUUGCAGUCGAGAAGGGCUUUGAGAAAUUCGUCGAAAUGGGGCGACUGUAUGGAAAGGCACUCGUCUGGGCCCAGCGAUUAGCUGAUGCCAAGCCGAAGGAGCUAUGCGGAGAACAGACGCCACAAGUCGAUCAGUCAGACGACGACCUAUCAUUAGAUCCUUCAUCGAUCAGCAAAGAAAUGACCAAGAUCCCAGCGCACAGUGCCCGACUGGCUAGAAAUCUUGCGACUUUACUGGAGCUCGUUGACCCAGCUUCGUUGGAUAUGAGCAAUACAGAAGAGGCCGUGAACGACGCCGACGAGCGCUUGAAAGGUGCCGCGGUCAAAGCCAAGCUCAUUCAGCGAGCCAUGGGCGAAGGUGAAGAGCCACUAGGUGCUCAAUCUCUUGCCAAAGAUGUCUCAAAGUCUGGAGAUGGGACUGGCAAUAUCGAAGAUAUUAGCUCGCUGAGCGUUCGUCAUUGA